UAAAUGAUGGAGAUUCAUCUUUAUUUACAAAAACUGAUGACAGUUCAUCAACAGAAUCCACAUCGCCACCUCGCAACAAUAAUGAUCAUCAGUAUGAAAAAAUUAAAUCAAAUGAACCUGAAAAACCAGAUAAUUUGUUUUUAUGUACAAUUUCAAACCAAUCACACAUAGUAAACAUUAAAGCAGAACUUUAUCAAUACAAUAGAACAAUUAAAUGGAGUAAUCCACCGGAUAAUGUCUGCAUAUUGCCAACAAAAGAUGACGUGUUAGUUGUAGCAUUUGAGAAAAAUUUGAUAGAAAUUGCUACCAAUAAUUUGUAUUUAGUAAAUGAUGGAGAUUCAUCUUUAUUUACAAAAACUGAUGACAGUUCAUCAACAGAAUCCACAUCGCCACCUCGCAACAAUAAUGAUCAUCAGUAUGAAAAAAUUAAAUCAAAUGAACCUGAAAAACCAGAUAAUUUGUUUUUAUGUACAAUUUCAAACCAAUCACACAUAGUAAACAUUAAAGCAGAACUUUAUCAAUACAAUAGAACAAUUAAAUGGAGUAAUCCACCGGAUAAUGUCUGCAUAUUGCCAACAAAAGAUGACGUGUUAGUUGUAGCAUUUGAGAAAAAUUUGAUAGAAAUUGCUACGUUGAAACAUGGAGAAAUAAUUAAAAGAGAGGCUAAAGGUGUACCUGUUCGAUUUCUUGAUUAG